AAAUUCACGUCACUUCGGUAUGAGUCCGGGCCUCGAUGUACAGCACUGGAACGAACAUUGUUGAGUGGAACUUCAAAGGACGAUCGACGAGCGGAUGGUUUUUCGCCGCCGGUGAAUGAAUCGGUGUUGAGCCGCGGUACUGAUGAGCUUGUCUUCGAGAAUUGGCAAUGCGUUGAUUACUCUGGAGUGCCUCAACGGUCCCACGAUGAUGGCAUGGUGCGGCAGCCCUUUCUCAUGCCUCGCACAAGUGCUGGCAUCAACACGGUUAGGAGGCGGGAUACGGUGGUGUUGGCAAGAGAGAGGAUCUCGUCCUCCACGCCCGAUGAUGCAGUUGAGCCGGAUCGGUUCUGUAUCGCAGGCCGUAAGUGUCGUGCAUCGGUUUUCCGGAAGCAGAGGAUAACAUCUCAUGCCGAUGGUAGCUCGCGAGGUCGCUUCCCUGCAGAUUAUUACUGUGCUGUUUUGUGA